GUCUACGCUUUUUUCCAUUCCUCUUCUACUCAUCAUCUGGGUCGUGGCGAAGUGGUACACAUGACUGGUCACUCUUUCGCAUUGUUGCCGUGACAGCUGAGUGCACGACACUGAUGGACUGCUGAGACCGGCAUGGCUUUCAGUACUGAAGACCACUGUCAAUAUGCAGUUUUAGCCUGCUGAGGAAAAUUUGCCACAAUAUUUGUGACUGCCCUGUGACGUCCCUCGUCACUCCCCGCGAUUCAAUCGCAGCCAAAGACCACGACCAGGACCACACAUCAAAUCAUGACUCUCUCCGUUGGAUCUACCGUGCCUACCUCCUCAAAGCUUGCUGAAGGAGCUCCAGACAAGACUGUCACUCUGCCUACAUCUGGCAAGUAUGUUCUUGUCGCCGUGCCUGCAGCCUUUUCGCCCUCUUGCUCGAACCAGGUCCCUGGUUAUCUUGAGAAGGCCGAGACGUUCAAGGAGAAGGGCUACGAGAUCUACGUGGUCUCGGUGAAUGACACCUUCGUGAUGGAAGCCUGGAAGGAGAAGCUUGGCGGAGGCAAAUCUGGCGUCCACUUUGUCGCUGACGCAACCGGUGACUUCACCAAGCAGACUGGUUUGCUCUUUGAUGCUUCUGGUUUGCUUGGCAACCACCGAUCUAACCGAUACGUGGCUGUUGUGGAAGAUGAUAAGGUCAAGCACUUUGCCGUUGAGGCUAGCCCUCCUGAUGUCAAGGAGACUUCCGUGGAGAAGACGCUUGCUGCCCUUUAAAUUGCCAAAUCAAGUAUCUCAUA